AUGCUCAGCUGUUUGUCUGCCAGCUUAUCGGAAACAACAUCCGAUGUAUCCAUUACCGUUGGUGGUACAGCCAGGAUACCAUGUCCGUUCGAUGAGGGCGCUGUACGAAACAUCUUCUGGUUCUACCAUGAUGCAUCUGGACCCCGAAGGAUUUUAAGUCUUGCUAAGUAUGUUGAAGUAAUACAUGAACCCUAUACAGACAGAGCUGGCUUGGAUAAGGACAACUCAACAUUGAUUCUUCAGGAAGUGACCAUCGAUGAUCAAGGAACAUAUCGUUGCGAGGUUGACAGACCAGGGCAGCCGUCACUAUUGAAUAUCACUACUACAUUGAGUGUGUUUGUCUUAUCUCCAGGAACCCCUCCGGUGAUUCGGCAGUGUCUCCAAGAACAGACAGACGGUUCACCCUGCACACUAACUAGUGAGGGACCUACCAACCUUACCUGUCAGUUAGCCAACGUAUACCCGUAA